AUGUUUUUAAUUAGCAAAACUCUGGUAAAGAACAAGUUGCGCGGAAUUUCGAAGGAAAAGUGGGAUGUGAGAUGGACGAAAAUAUCCACUCCAAAUGUUUUUAUUACCAGAACUCUGAAACACAUGAGUCGCGAAAGCUACAGAGAGACUCGGAACUACCAAGCCGAACAACAGGCGGUCUUCUUAUAUUUACUUAAUAAGCACUGCACAAUCGAGCUCCUCAAACCAAUCAAAAAAUCAUCAACAGCACAGCAUUUUUUCCGCAUCGAGUCAAUUGAAUUUGGCUCUUCCGACAAAAUCAAAGUCAACAAAUUAGUCGAGUCGCGUUUAGAAGAAAGAUAUAAAGACGAUUUAAAGCGUGGAAUCACUUCUAAAACAGCAAAACGACGGUCGGAGACUGGGAGGUUUGCUGAGACGCUUCACCUACUCAUGGAUUUACUUCAAGAGUUUGGGUAUUUGUUCGAGGUGGUCUCUACUAAGGGACGCAAUGGUUCUUUAGUUGUGCAAACGGUUACCGCAAUAUACAAGAACAAAGUCUGCAUAGUCUCCAAUGACAAAAUUUUCGAUUGGGGAAAUACUAUCAACAACUUUCUAUCAAAGAAAAUAGGUGUUGCAAACAACACACUUCUCUUAAAGAAAAAUGCCGAGGACUUUCAAAGCUGCUUAUUGGAGAAAUAA